ACGCGACUGCGGACUACCGACAAGGCUGACUGUGUAAUGAGCGUGUGGAACAGAAGAGCAAAGGGAGAGAAUAGAAUGCAACUAAGAUCGUGCACGGGAUUAGUAUAUACAGCUGACCCAAUCGAAACCGACCCCGGAGCGGCGCAGAGUGUUCUCCCAGGAGAAAGAUAAAAAGAAAAACGACCAGAUGACCCCAGGGACGAGGUUCCCUCGAGUUUAUGAAGGGACCUCGAGGGAUCUCGAGGAGCUGUCAGGCCCUUGCUGGACUGCAGCCGGGGGGAUCCUUCCCAGGAUCUGUAGGCCAGUGCGGAAUUGCGAUGAAUGGUCGAAUGAGGAGCUUGCCCUCGUUCCCGAUAGCUUGCGAGAUAGAGUUGGAUCUAGACAGUUCAGUUGCUAUUCGAUGGAGCCCAGGGUGGCCAGCCAGGCACCUCAGGUAGGGAGGGGAGAAGCGAGCCAGCAAGCAAGGCCGAUGUGGAGUCAUAAUUGGCAGGGGCAAGUAGCCAACAAGAGAUGUCAAGGUGGAAGAAAAGAAAAAAAAGUAAAAAUAACUCGAAGGAGGAAAGCGAUCGAGUCCGUGCCAGACGACUAUUUGCUGGGCUGGAUGGACCCUGUCAUCAUCGUCGACAGGAUGGGCGCGCAUCUUUUCUUUUCUUAUGCAGCGAAGGAAGGGACGGUCAGUCAAGCUUUGAAUCGCCUAGAAUCAAUGAUCAGUCAAUCAGCCCUUGGAUUGAUGUUGGUUGGUCUCGUGUGACUUCAUUAUUGCCGCGUCGCGUCUACUUCGCUUCUUUCUCU